GGUAUAAGUUGUAGAGACGGUGAACCCAGCCUUCACAACGGUAGUGCUGGACGUCUGGAGUCAAUCGUCGUCAGAAAACAUAGGAAGACAAUCGACAGUCGUCUCCAAGUAGGAUACCUAAACAUGGUAGUGCCAUCCUGUUUCCGAUUCGCACUGGUUGGUGCUCUCAUCUGCUGGGCACAAGUGUCUUCUCAAAUCCCUACAGAAGCCGGCCCAGUCUGUAGCAACGACCUUCAGUGCAUGCGUAAAAUGGACGGGUACGGGGCCUGCUGCGUCUUCUCGUCGCUUCUGUCCAGAGCCGCCCCGCAGUGCAAGACGGCAGGGAGUUCGGGGGACCUGUGUCACGUCGGGAGCAACUUCGAGCCGUACCCUUUCUGGAGGCCCCACGGCUUCGGGAGCUGCCCGUGCGGGAGGGGGUUGACUUGCGUCCCGCUGGACAGAUCCUUCAUUGGAGUGUGCAAGUAAACCACGUACGGGCAGACAGCGAGACCAUGGUCAACAUUUCAAUACCUGUAACGUUAGUCCUCAGGUCAUUGCUAUAACGGGCAGUAUUUUUUGUUGCCUUAGUGAACUUUGUAGAUUCGGUAGGUUUUGACCUGAAUUAAGACUAUCUUAAAGAUGACUGCUGGCUUUGUCAAGAAUCAUGGAAGUGAAAUGAUAUCAAACUGAAGAUCUGGUCUUGUGUGUGAAAUGAAGAGUUAUAAAUACAACAGAAUAUUUUGAUGGA